CAAUUUUUUUAUCUUUAAUUUUUGUUUGUUUUCAACAUUGGUCACAUAAAAGUGUUGGAAUUAUGAGUGUGAUUCAUGGGGUUUUCAUGUUAUGGAUUACUAUGAUUCUUCUUGUUUUGGUCCAUAAUUUGGAAAAUGUGGAAGGAAGACAUCAUUCUCACAAGAAGGGUAAGAAAAAUCAACAUCCUUCACCACCUUAUAAUGCUCCUCCUACAGUGCCCUCUGAUCCCGGAAAUUCGCCGUCCGAUUGCAACGUUUUCGACGUAAGAUCGUUCGGUGCAGCCGGAGAUGGUUGCUCUGAUGAUACAGGUGCAUUCAGGGAAGCAUGGAAAGCAGCAUGUGAAGUGGAAUCAGGGGUUGUUCUGGCUCCACAAGACUACAUUUUCAUGAUCACCUCAACCAUCUUUUCAGGUCCAUGCAAACCAGGACUAGUGUUUCAAGUGGAUGGAACUCUAAUGGCACCAGAUGGACCAGAAAACUGGCCUGAAGAAGAUAAGCGCAAUCAAUGGCUUGUGUUCUACAAACUUGAUCAAAUGAUUCUUAACGGGACAGGGAUCUUACAAGGCAAUGGUGAACAAUGGUGGGAUCUACCUUGCAAACCUCACAGGAGUCCAGAAGGAGAGCCUGUGUCAGGACCAUGUGAUAGCCCAGCAAUGAUAAGAUUCUUCAUGAGCUCAAAUUUGGUGGUGGCUGGGCUGAAAAUUCAGAACAGUCCUCAGUUCCAUGUGAAAUUUGAUGGAUGUGAAGGAGUGCUCAUCAAUGAAGUGUCCCUUUACUCACCUAAACUUAGCCCAAACACUGAUGGGAUCCACUUGGGAAACACAAGGGAUGUUGGUAUAUAUAACACCAUCAUAAGCAAUGGUGAUGAUUGCAUUUCAAUUGGACCCGGUUGCUCAAAUGUGGAAAUAGACGGUGUAACUUGUGGUCCUAGCCAUGGCAUAAGCAUUGGAAGCCUAGGUGUGCACAACUCGCAAGCAUGUGUGUCAAACAUAACAGUGAUGAACACAAAGAUAAGGGAAUCAGACAAUGGGAUCAGGAUCAAGACAUGGCAAGGAGGAACAGGAUCAGUGACAGGACUUAGAUUUGAGAAGAUAGAAAUGGAGAAUGUGAGAAACUGCAUAAUCAUAGACCAAUACUACUGCUUGUCAAAGGGGCAAGGAUGUCUAAACCAAACCUCAGGUGUUCAUGUGAAUGACGUGUCAUACAGGAACAUAAAAGGAACCUAUGAUGUUAGAACCCCUCCAAUACACUUUGCAUGCAGUGACACAGUUGCUUGCACAAACAUAACAAUGUCCGAUGUUGAACUCAUGCCUCAUGAGGGUCACUUGCUUGAUGACCCUUUUUGUUGGAAUGCUUAUGGGGUUCAAGAAACCAUGACUAUUCCUCCCCUUGAUUGCUUGAGACAAGGUCAACCUGACACACUCAUUGAGCUCUCACAAUAUGAAUGUAAUUAAUUACCAUUAUUGUUGUAAUUUCAAUGCUUAUUUUUAUAUAUUAUCAUCUUGCAUUUUUGAUAUUCGUCGUCCCUAUUUGGGUGUUAUUACUCCCAUAGUGUGUGAUGAGAUUAUAUAGAAUUUAAGGAUCUACAUUGGUGUAAU